AUGUCUCUCUGUUUGAUUUCAACUAGUCGAAGUGUUCCUUCUUCUUUAUUUCGUCGAAGCUUUCUGUCUUUUAAUCUUCGUCUUCUCUCCUCCAAUCAAUACAACAAUGACAUUAUUCAAGCUGAAAAGCAGCAACUAAAAAUUAAUCCAACAACACCUAAGCAAUCACCCCGUUUUCGUCGUUAUCAUUAUUAUUUAUUUUCUAUCGCUACUGGAGCCCUAAUUGGUACAAUUUAUGCUCUACGUCAUGUAAGAAAACAUGAAGGGAAUCUACCUGAAUAUGUUACAAACGUUGAAUUACUUGAACGAAAAGCUAUAGAAACUCGUCCCGUACCACCGCCCGUGACUAAACAUAUUACAUUUGAUGCUUUACCAAGAAAAAACUUUCCGUUUAACAUAACACUUUAUCAAUAUGUGACUUGCCCAUUUUGCUGUAAAGUACGUGCUUAUCUAAAUUAUAAUCGUAUACCAUACGACAUAGUCGAAGUGAAUAGUGUAACACAUACAGAAACAAAAUGGUCUUUAUACAAUAAAGUACCAAUAGUUGUUAUUGAAAAUGAACAGAUACAAUUAAACGAUUCCAGUAUGAUUAUAUCGGCUAUUGAAUCUUAUUUACGUCAACCAACAAAAAAAAUUAAAAAUAUUAUCAACUUAUAUGAAGCUAUUGUUCAAAAAGAUCAAAAAGGAAAUAUAAGUUUUAAUUAUCCAAAUAGAUAUUUCAUUUUUGAACCAGCAGUAUUGGAUCGAUUAGAAACAACUAAUGAAGAACAACAAUCAACAAAUAAUAAGCAAAGUAAAUCAUUUUUUGCUAAAUUGUUUUCAAGAUCAACGGCACAGUCUAAUAAUGAUUCAAAAAUAGUUCAAUCCGAAAAUACUGAUAAAAAGAAAUCUGAUGAAGAGAAUGAAUUUGAACGCCAAUGGCGUGAAUGGGUCGAUAAUAAGUUUGUUCAUGUAAUAUCGCCAAACAUUUAUUGUACAGUAGGACAAUCCAUUAGUACAUUUCGUUGGUUUUCAAAAGCUGGUGAUUGGGAAGAAAUAUUUCCAUGGUAUCAACGCUGGAUUAUUGUUUAUCUUGGAGCUAUUGUUAUGCGUGGUGUAGCAAUACAUCUGAAGAAAAAAUAUAAUUUAAAUGACAAUGUUAGAAUUUCGUUAUAUGAAUGUGGCGACGAAUGGGUUAAUACUAUUGGCGAUAAAGAUUUUCAUGGUGGAUUCGAACCAAAUCUUGCCGAUUUAAAUGUUUAUGGCAUUCUAACAGCUAUUGAAGGCAGUGAUGCAUUUCAAGAUCUCAUGAACAAUACAAAAAUUCAACCAUGGUUUGCACGUAUGAAAAAUUUAGUUGAACCUCAUCGUAUUGAUACUUCAAUAAUGACGAUUUUAGAAUGUACUGGUUGUACUUUAAUUGCAUAUGGAAUACCUUUUUCAAUGUUUGUGUUCACAAUGGCACAUCAUCCUUUUCGUAUUAUUAUUGCAAUGACAAGUGCAUUUUUUUGGUUAAUAUCAAUGCUAUUGUCUUCACUACUUUGGUUUACGGUCGUUCCAUUACGUAAUCAACUUGCAUUUGCAGUACCAUUUGCUGUGUUAUUUCAAGAAAUCUUUCGAUAUUUAUUUUAUCUUGUUAUUAAGAAAGCUGAAUUUUCUUUACAAACAGUUCAAAUGCAAGAGUUAACAGCAAAAGGAAUGACUUUUGAUAGAUUUGCUGUAGCAUACGCUGCCGGCUAUGGUUUUGGUUUCAUAAGUGGAACAUUUUCUAUAGUUAAUGUGUUGAGUGACAUGACUGGUCCAGGUACGAUUGGAAUAUUUGGACAUUCACAAGAUUUUUUUAUUGCCACAGCUUUUCUAACAUUGGCCAUUAUUCUUUUAAAUACAUUUUGGAAUAUUAUUUUUUUUACAUCACUGGAUAAAGGUGGAAUUCAUCGAUAUCUUGGCCCCGCCCUUGUAGUUAUAACACAUAUGUUGUUCUCUUGUCUAACAUUACUUAAUCGAGCAACAAAGCCGACUUAUUCAAUUCCCAUUAUAAAUGGUUGUGUGAUUUUAUGUGGAAUGAUUGUAUAUGCCUUGUUCUUACGUGGAUUCAAUAUUCGUCAACGACUAAGUCGUCAAUAA